UGGCUACAGUGGAUGUCAAUGUCACUAAUAAAAAAGUCACUCGCAAAUGUCAAUAAACGAACGUAAACAGACUUUCGUCGUAUUUAUUUAUUAUAAGUUCGUGUAAAGAUCGAGGUAUUUAGUGAAUAAUUGCUAGACAUGUCGGAAAGCGUGCCCCCGUCCUUGAGUCAAUACUUCGGCGAAAAAACCGACGAUAAAGUAAAGACAAUAGACCUAUCCGAAGAACUAAAUGAAGCUUCCACAAAAAUAACCGAUCUUAAACUAGAUGACAAUCUCCCAAGUGCUAAGAAAAACGAACCAGAAGUGUGUCGAAUAUUCGCCGAAACGCCACCACAAGCCAAAGAUCAGACGACGUCAUUCUUCGAUUUAAUUGGAAACAACCACAGCGUUACCUCCAACGGCUUGAUAUCAAACCUCGACAUAACGCCAAACAACGACGACGGUUUUUGCCCCAGAGUGGCACUAGGCUCGGAAGCAGACCGCAGGAGAGAUGCCUGGAUACCUAGCGAGAGGACCAGACAAUGUCUCAUUGCGUGCGCCACGGCAGCCCCCGGUACGUAUUUUCCAGACAGGGAGCUCCUCACCAUGCCUGGGGUCCUGCUAGAAGAGGAUUUGGGGGACAAUAUCGGGGAAGCAGUCACCUUGUGUCUUGGGGAGGCCGAAGCCGCGCAACGAAGUAUCUUGUCCGAAAGCGACGUAACGCAGGACGAAAGGGGACUGAGAGAGUUAGUACAAGCGGGUUCAUACCGAGCCGCAAUUAAUUUAACUGCGAGACUUUUAACCAUUUACGGCCAGGGUCGGGGCCGCGCGGGCCAUCCUAGCAAACAUUCGCCCCAUUCGUUACAGCUGUGGUUCACUCGUAUCGCCCUUCUAGUCAAAAUCAAAGCCUUUGCAGUUGCUCAAUCGGAAGCUGCCCCUUUUGGUCAGCUCGACAAGCCGGACGUUUUCUACCAGUUUUACCCCGAGAUGUAUGGGGGCCGUCCAGGCUCCAUCGCUUCAUUUUCAUUUCGUUUACUCUUAAGCGAACUGCCAAUGCAUUGCGGUAAACCCAAAGACUCGUUAACAAAGCUGUACAGUAUGAAGUCCACGAUAAAACAAAUGUUGGAUAACUUGAAACAGGGCUUGAGCGAGGACGGCAGCCCUAUCGAAAUUAGUGAGUCGGAUCGCACCGAUUCGAUUCGACUUUGGACGGGGCGCGAGACUCGAGUCAUGCACUCUAUUGUUAAUUGUGCCCUGGCCUUGAAAGAUUAUGAAUUGGCAAUGGUGAUGAUGGAAGAGUUGUGUCACAGGGAUGGGACGGCACGUCAUAUGUUGUAUUCGGCGUUAGGAAGGUUGAGACUGCAAGUGGGCGACGUGGCAGGGGCGGAGACUUGUUUUGAUGAAGCAAGGGCUUUGAGGGGUAACACGACGGAUUUGAGGGAGUAUGUGGAUCGGGGGUUGCUCGCUGUGGCGCAGAAUUCGUUUGAUGAGGCCUAUGUCUGCUUCCAGCAAGCCAGUCUCCUGGACCCCACAAAUGUUAUGAUCCUCAACAACAUGGGGGUGUGCCUCCUCUACGGCGGCCACCUAAAGGAGGCUAUUAAGGUGUUAGAAAGUGCCAUAGAGUCAAAUCCGGUUCACGCCCUCCAUGAGUCUUUGCUUUUAAAUUUGUGUACCUUGUACGACAUGGAGUCGUCGAAAGGCCGUAUGAAAAAAUUCGCCCUGUUGAGACAAAUAUCGAGGUAUCAGGCAGAUGCCCCCACGACGAUUCUUGAAAAACUGUAUGGAUAAUUAAUUGUGUGGAUUUGUUAAUAAUUGUUUAUCUGUGAUUCCUCUAAGUUAAAUCAUUUUCUUUAGCACUAAUUUAUUUACAUUUGUGAAACAUUGGCGCAAUUAAUGAAUUUCCAUCCGAAAUCGUGGCCUAAACGAUUUGUUUUUAAUAUUAGGUCAAAAAUUGUCACGGUCAUCACGUUUUCUCCAACAUCACAAUGAGAUAAGUGCCUUAAAAACGCAGAGGCAUCUCAUAAUUAAAGUGCACUAGCGUGGUUUUGGAUUUUCACGUUUCAGUAUUAAAUGUUGCCACUAAAAAUAUCGUUUGGUACAAAGGAACUACGGUUUUGUAGGCGUAGGUGGUUGUGCAGACACAAUAACGUAGAGCUAGGGGUGUUAAAGUGUUGUGAGCUGUAGCUACUUGUAGAAAUUAUGCCAAAAGUUGAAGGAAUUGUAUACUUUCUAACGUUUUUAAUUCAAGCCAAUGUCGCUUCAUUCAUCAAAAAGCAAUGUUUUCAUCUGUUGUGUUAUGAAAGAGUUUAUUUGUUAACAAGUUUCACUAUUUAUUACACUGCAACUCAAUAAAUGUCUACACAAUGAA